AUGUCGAUUAAAUAUUCCAAGUUGACCCUCUUAUUGUUGGUGGUCGUCAUAUGCUCGUCGGCCUCCGUGAGCGGUUCGACGCAGUGCGUGGAGAAGCUGCUGCCUUGCCAGCCGUACCUCAAGGGAUCGGUUCCAGUGGCCCCAUCGUGCUGCGUGCCGCUGAGGCAGAUCGUGGCCGACGAGGCCGAGUGCCUCUGCGCGGUCUUCAACAACCAGGAACUUCUGCAGAGCCUCAACGUCACCCGACAAGAUGGUCUCAAUCUCGCCAAGUCAUGUGGGGCUAGCUCAGAUCCGUCCAUGUGCGACAAAAUCGCGGCGGCUACACCCUCGGCCUCGACUUUACCAUCUACUCCGGCAUUGCCCUCAACCAACAACAUUUCAACAACGACGAGUCCACCGCCUCCUGAAAGGAAUGCAGCUUCUGUGAUAUCAUAUGUUGGGUGUGUUCAGAGCCUGGCAGCUAUUUUCAGUUUCAUUCUUUAUGCAUUAUAA